AUGAGAAUUUACCUAGGGCGACUCACUCCGUUGAAGCACCUGAUAUACCCCAUCCGGCCCACCAUCAAAUCGAAUAGCUCAACUGGGUUUCAUAUGAGCUGCUGCUGUUUUUCCCCCUCGCCACUGCGACAGCUUUCAUCGAGCUCGAUCCUAUCUCAAGAAAUCAUCAAAAGCAAGUCGCCGCAACCUUCGAAUGAUAGCGCCAAUGCCACCUCAAGCGAUGCCCCGAACAAGAGCAUCACCAGCUCGCGCAAGUCGUUGAGCAUAUUGCAUAGCGAGCUAAAUGACGACGUUAAACCUGGCGAAGCCAAAAUUAUCCCGGAAGGUUCGAGAAAGGAUGAGUUCUUAACUGAGAUAUUUGACAAUCUCGAGCCGUACAUUGACACCUACACCGUUUAUUCCAAGUUGAGAGACGCUGGUUUCACCGAGACGCAAUGCGAUUCCAUCAUCCACUUACUUAUAUUCCAACUAAACUCAAAAUUGUCCAAGUUGUCGACAAUCUAUGCGCGCCAAGUCGAGUUGGAGAGCGAGCAGUAUUUAUUCGAGAGCGCGCAGCAAGAGAUACGGGUGGACAUCACCCGCAGCAGAGAGCAGCAUAUCAACGAGUUGAUCACGUUGGUGAACAUAUUAGAGCGUGAUUUCAACGUUAUAACGGACGAGUUGAACAAUGACUAUUUGCAGUUGCAGAAUGACUCCAAAGUUGCCAUCAAUGAUCAGAAAUCGGAAAACACGUUGAAUGUCAAGAAAUUGUUUCUUCGGAUACAGGAGACUAACCACAAGAUUACUACAGAGUUGAACUCUGCCAUUAGAUCGGAAAUAGAGUCGUUGAGAUGGUACUUAUCUCGCUGGGGGUUGAUCACCUUGUUGGUUUCUUUGUUUUUGGCAAGUUUGAUCUUCUUUAGCAAGAAAUUCAAGCUUGAGAAGGAAGAGGCCAAAAAGGAGUUUGUGCCGUUAGUCAUUAGAGAGCCAAGUGAGUAUGACGAGGAUGAUUAUCAUACUGAUUUGGACAAGUCGGUAAUGGAUUAA